GUGCGAGAUGGGUAAAGCAGAGAAGAGCCAGUACACCGGGAAUGUGCAGGUCUGUGUCGGAGAUGGAGACUGCAGUUCAGAAUUCAAGGCAAAAUCCUCCAAGUACUACUACUUCGUGAUCCCAAGGAUUAUCAACCUGAAGCCGAGCCGUGGGCCGGUCUCUGGGGGAACCGUAGUCAACAUCACCGGCAGCCACCUCGAUGCUGGGAGCAACGUGUCCAUCAUGUUUAAGGACCAGCCAUGCACUUAUCUCAGGAGGGGCGGACAGUGGCUCACCUGCAGGACCCACUCCUCCCUGCAGGGCUUCGGAAACGUGUCUGUGUCCGUGAGCAUAGACCGGGCCCAUCUCCAGAAGGACCUGCGCUUCGAGUAUGUGGAGGAUCCCAGCAUCACUAAGAUAGAGCCUGAGUGGAGCAUCUACAGUGGACACACACCAGUGACAGUGACAGGAACGAACCUGGACAUCAUUCAGACUCCUCUCAUCAGAGCCAAAUACAACGGCCAUGAGACGCUCAAUCUGUGCCAGGUGCUGAGCGCCACCUCCAUGCUGUGUCAAGCUCCAGAGCUGCCCAUCAGCCUGGCCAGACAGCAGGAGGUGCCUGAACGACCCGAUGAGUUCGGCUUCAAACUGGACGACGUGCAGGCGCUGAUGGCGCUCAACAACAGCAACUUCAUCUACUACCCCAACCCUGAGUUUGAACCACUCAGUGUGUCGGGGGUGCUCGAGCUUAAACCCGGAUCGCCCAUAAUUCUGAAGGGGCGGAACUUCCUUCCACCAACCAAUAGUGGAAAUGGAAAGCUGAACUACACGGUUCUGAUUGGAGAGAAGCCCUGCAUGUUGACAGUGUCAGAGACCCAGCUGCUCUGCGAGUCCCCCAACCUGACAGGUCGACACAAGGUCCUGGCCCGUGUGGGUGGCAUCGAGUUCUCCCCAGGUGUGGUCCUCAUCACAUCCGACAGCCCGCUCAGCAGCACCGCAAUCAUUGGCAUCGCUGCAGCCGGAGCCCUGCUCAUCCUCUUCAUCGUGAUGGUGCUCAUCGCCUACAAGCGCAAGUCCCGGGAGAGCGACCUGACUUUGAAGAGGCUGCAGAUGCAGAUGGACAACCUGGAGUCACGUGUGGCCCUGGAGUGCAAGGAGGCUUUUGCAGAGCUGCAGACAGACAUCCAUGAGCUGACCAGUGACCUGGAUGGGGCAGGAAUUCCCUUCUUGGACUACAGGACCUACACCAUGAGGGUCCUCUUCCCAGGCAUAGAGGAGCAUCCUGUGCUGAGGGAUCUGGAGGUGCCUGGCUACCGCCAAGAGCAAGUGGAGAAGGGACUGAAGCUCUUCGGCCAGCUCAUUAACAACAAGGUCUUCCUGCUGUGCUUCAUCCGCACGCUGGAGGCCCAGCGCGGCUUCUCCAUGAGGGACCGAGGCAACGUGGCCUCACUUAUCAUGACAGUGCUGCAGAGCAAGUUGGAGUAUGCCACCGAUGUCCUGAAGCACCUCCUGUCUGACCUCAUAGACCGCAACCUUGAGAGCAAGAACCACCCCAAGCUGCUGCUCCGCAGGACUGAGUCUGUGGCAGAGAAAAUGCUGACCAACUGGUUCACCUUCCUCCUCUACAAGUUCCUCAAGGAGUGUGCAGGCGAGCCUCUCUUCUCCCUCUUUUGUGCCAUCAAGCAGCAGAUGGAAAAAGGCCCCAUUGACUCCAUCACGGGAGAAGCACGCUACUCGCUCAGCGAGGACAAGCUCAUCAGACAGCAGAUUGACUACAAGACGCUGGUGGUGAACUGCAUCCAUCCAGAGAAUGAGAAGAGUCCAGAGAUCCAGGUGAAGGCUCUGAACUGUGACACCAUCAGCCAGGUGAAGGAGAAGAUCCUGGACGCCAUCUACAAGAACGUGCCACACUCACACCGCCUAAAAGCCUCCGACAUGGACCUGGAAUGGCGCCAGGGGAGAGGCCAGCGUAAUAUCCUGCAGGACGAGGAUGUCACCACAAAGAUUGAAGGAGACUGGAAGAGACUGAACAUGUUGGCCCAUUAUCAGGUAACUGAUACCGCAAUAAUGGCCCUGGUUCCCAAGCAAGUCACAGCCUACAACUCAGUCAACAACUCCACUGUCUCUAGAACUUCUGCAAGUAAAUAUGAGAACAUGAUCAAGUACACUGGGAGCCCCGACAGCCUGCGCUCCCGCACGCCCAUGAUCACUCCCGACCUGGAGAGCGGCGUCAAGGUGUGGCACCUGGUGAAGAACCACGAGCACGGAGACCAGAAGGAGGGCGACCGCGGCAGCAAGAUGGUUUCUGAGAUCUACCUGACACGACUGCUGGCGACCAAGGGGACAUUACAAAAGUUUGUGGACGACCUGUUUGAGACCAUCUUCAGCACCGCCCACCGAGGCAGCGCCCUGCCGCUGGCCAUCAAGUACAUGUUUGACUUCCUGGACGAGCAGGCGGACAAACACAGCAUCCAUGACCCACAUGUCCGACACACAUGGAAGAGCAACUGCCUACCUCUGCGUUUCUGGGUGAAUGUGAUCAAGAACCCCCAGUUUGUGUUUGACAUCCAUAAGAGCAGCAUCACAGACGCCUGCCUGUCCGUGGUGGCACAGACCUUCAUGGACUCCUGCUCCACCUCAGAACACCGCCUUGGGAAGGACUCGCCCUCCAACAAGCUGCUUUACGCCAAGGACAUCCCCAGCUACAAGAGCUGGGUGGAGAGGUACUACUCAGACAUUAGUAAGAUGCAAGCGAUCAGCGACCAGGACAUGAACGCCUACCUGGCAGAACAGUCACGGAUGCACAUGAACGAGUUCAACACCAUGAGCUCUCUCAGUGAGAUUUACUCCUACGUGGGCAAAUACACUGAGGAGAUCGUGUGUUCGCUGGAACAGGACGAUGCAGCCAGGAAACAGCGGUUGGCCUUCAAGCUGGAGCAGGUGGUGGCCUUCAUGAGUCUGGAGAGCUGAGGACCACACUUCCCAGGGCGCACUGGGAAGAGACCCCAUCAGAAACCGAGCCGUGCCUGAGCGAAGACCUGUCCCCAUCUUUUUCAUCAUGUGACUUCCUCCCUCCGCCUUUCAAAGAUGACUUCUUCCUCAACCUUUUUUCUGCUUCCUCCCCCACCCCACCCCCCCCCCAAGAGAUAUUUUGUUUUCCUCAUCCACUCUGCUGCAUAGACUAGUUUACCUGAAAACAUCUGAAGGGUGGUCCGGGGCUGAGGGGGGCUUCUCCCACAGUGCAAUGCGGGGGACCCCUCGGCUUCACCACAGGGAGAGCGCCAAGGGGUGAUUUCUUGAAAGCUGGCCAUAUUGGCAUACUUCAGUCCCCCUGCUGGAAGAAAACAAGGGGAAAGACAUUUUUAUGUUGCCUUUAAGAAUUUACACUGGUAGGUAAUUCUUUAAAAACCACACUGCUGGUCCAUUUUGUUGAGAACUUUUUUCGGGAAUAGGAUAGUUCCAAUCAAACCAUCUCUAGAGUAGUUCUAUCUUCAACAUACAGAAUCAAGAGGAAACAUCAAAGAUGAUGACUGCAAGCCAAAUGAACACCUCUGAAGAAAAUCCAUGCAAGGGUGGUUUGCCAAGUUUACACUGUACCUACAAACAAAGCAUACAUAUCUGUGAAAUUUGGGGCGAGUCCAGGCAGACCUAGAAUGUUCUUGUGUUCCUUCACUGUAGCUGGAGCUGUAUUUAAGAGUAAGACUGAUGGGGGGGGUAGGGGAGAAUUAGUGCUUCUCUGAACUUUUCCUUUAUCGAAAAUGUGACUGACACUAAAACUUUACAAAGCAGAGCAUUUCCAACCUGUACCCCUUUGCAACAUUCGCACAUGUGUCCCUGCCAGCAUACAUUUACUUGAAAGAAAAUGCUCAUGAUUUCUGCUUCCAUCUGGCUUAUGUGGCUACUGCAAAUUGAACCUAUUAGACGAAACCCCUGGAGGCUCUGACCCGAGUUGGAUCCUCUGUAAGAAGCACACAACCAACUCUGGAAGACGUGUUCCGACUGCUCAUCCAAACACCAGCCGCAGUCUUUGGCUCGUGCCACUUCCACAACGGUCUAUCAAAGCACACAGACACACACGCACAGAUACACACACAAUCAGCAGCUGCCCGGUAUCUACACAAACCACUGAGGAGGUGAAGAGAAGAGCCGACUGAAAUGUGCUGGGCAAGAAACUGCUUGAUCAAAAAGAAGAAGAAGAGUGGCACAGUGAAGUCCGAGGCGGCUGACUAAAGAGAGAGCAGCCCCUCUUUCCCAGGACGUUCUUAUUUAAAGACUUUUGUGUGGAGAACUCAAACAAGAUGGAUUUCACCAGUCAGCCAAAAACCAAAGGAGCUUGACAUUUUCAAAAGGGUCAAUGUAUUUGUAAAGUGCCACUGAGGAGCUGACGAAUUCAAAGGGACUACGAAAAAGACGACCACUUCUGAGACAAAAAAAAUUAUUGUGACUGGAACUUAAAGAAACCUGUGUGAUUUUUCUGACCUCAGUGUGUCGAGGUGAGAGGCUCCGUGGGCGACGUGAUCCGACUCCUCCUCUCUCCAUCGUCCCGGGUCGCUCCGGCUCUCGGCACACCGUUCACCUCUGUGUCCGGCUCCUGAAUUACCAGUUCCCUUUUCUGUUUUGCACAAGCGUUGGAGACGGUAGCUAGUUGCAUACAGCAAAACCCCAACUCUUCAGUGUGUAACUGUUGAGGCGCUCUUGUCUGUAUUAGUGUAGUUGUCCUCAGUGGCGGCAGGGGCGGCCUUCUCCGAGCCUGGAAAAGAAAAAAGAAAAAUUAAAAAAAAAAAAAUCUGAUAAAGCAGAGCAGGAACAGAACGUGAGCAUCACGGCAGGAUAAAGAGAAAAUGAUAGACAUUGAAGUUGCUCAGACUUGUUGGAUGUGAACCCCCGCGGUGGGAGAGAGCGAUUGAAAGAGAGAUGAUGGAGGCGCCCUCCGUACCUUUUGACCUCUGCCCUUUCUUUUGCCUUGACAACGUGCCCCAUGUGGUGAUGUGAAUGUGUGAAGACCGCCCUCGGUCCACCUUGGGUCCUUUAUUGGCUUUUUAAGCGCAUGUAAAACAUAAACAAUUUAAGAAACUUAUAAAAAAAAAGAAGAAAAAUACGAAAAUUAAGCCUUGCAAUGAUGAUGUGGAUGUGUUCUUUUAUCUUUCUUUUGCUUGGAAGAAUCGAGACGGAAAAAGUGGAUUGUUCAUGUAAUAAAAACUAUAACUUUCGUUUAAGGUGGAACCUUUAUCCAGUCCAGCCCCUACUGCAGAACCUCAUGCUCAUCGUUUCUGUGACGUGUUAGAUGCUAAAUGAAAAUAAUAUAUACCCUUGCAUGUUGACCUAUUUGGAUGGUAUGAAAUGGAACUGCCUUGCUCAAAGAUAUUUAUAUACUUCUACUGCUACUAGGACUUACAAGUCGUUUACAAGCCGACUGUUCAUUGGAUCUCAAGAGACAACACAAACCCUUUCUGUGAUUCUUACAGUGCGACCAUCUUCGUGUCACCUUAACUUUAACGUCUUCCAUUACAGUUCGGUGUUACUGCCGUCUCUCCUCUGUGGUUUGGUAGAAGAUGCGAGCUAAGCCUUGCUCUUUCUUUGCUGCUAUUCCAUCUUGUUUUACUUUAAUUUAACUCAUCACGAUAAAUUGUGUACACGUGUUUUCCACCAUCAGUUGAGCCUAGAAAAGAAAAGACACAUUUUGAUUUUUUAAAUCCUGUUUUUUUUUCGAAUAACAAAAGAUGGAUUCGGUUUGAUAAAGGUCCAUUUCACAAAAAGCAACAAAACACUGCAGCAGUUUGCCAACAUCAUGAAAUACAAACUUUACAAUCCCAUUUAAUUAGAAGAAAAAACACCUAGAAGAAUCUAUAUACACAUGUAAUUGAUGACACAGCUAAACGCUCUAAAAAGCCUGGAUGAUUGUAGACUUAUGUUAAAGACUGAGUUUGGCAAGUGACUGUUUUUUUUAGCCUUUUUGUCAAAUGUAUGUGAGAAAUCCAACUCAUUGUGGUUUAACUGCAGCUAAACAGUAAAAUGUCUGUUGUUUCAACUCGGAGGGGUACAUUCACAAGGGGUUUGCUGGACGUGUUGUGUAGUUAACAUAUCAAAUAUACUGCUGUUAUUGGAAAAUGAAGGGAAUAAGGACUGACUGGCAUUAGAGACGACAAUUUCAAAGAACCUCCUCAAUUCAUGUAGCCAAUGUAAACUUUGUCUAGAUACCCAAAGCUUCCCCUCCCAGCCGCGUGUUAAUAAUAACACAAGGUGAAAGUCCUGGACUGUGGUUGUGAAUCUGCCCCCCAGUGUAACACCCCGUCUUUCAUUUUCUCCCUGCCCCAUCCCCUCCUCUGCAACAAAGGUCGUCUGCGAGUUGCCACCUUGUGUUGCCAAGAGCACAGAUAAAGUUUCCACCUUCAAACGUUUUUGUAGGAACUAGAAAUGUCCUCCUAGUUCAGUGUUAAAGCAGGUGUUACAGAAACAUGCUAGAAAAGACUUUUACUAGACCAUAUUUGAAAGAUAAAGAGUAUCUUAUCGAGAGAUAAAAACGAAACGUGGGGGAUAUAAGGCGAGCUUCUCUAACUUUGUUAUAAUUAAUUGUAUACCUGUGUAUGUAAAUAUGAUGCAUUCCUAUUUUGCAGUCAAGAACAAAAUACUAUUUGUAAUAUAGAAUAAACUUUAUUAUGAAACCAA